GUACUGAGAGGGGCUGUGUUUGCCACUGCACUUGUUGCAGAGCUUGCCUUUUUACUCCUAACUGUGGAGACUGCUACAGGGAGUGGAGUGGUACACUAUUAAAUAGAUGUCAAAGAAAAAACAUUGCCUACGGAGUGGAUACAGCUUCACAGACAACAACUUUAGUUAAAGGAUAUGAAGCGAGUAAAGCAGUUGAUGAAGAUGAGGAAACCUUUUCGAGCACCCAGGCUGGCUACAAUGUCACAUUUUCCUUAGAAUUUUCAGAUGUCAAAAGAUUAAAAUACAUAUAUAUCUAUUAUUACGAACGAGGUCAAUUUGAAGCUCGUUAUGAAGUUUAUGUGAAAAACUCUACUGAAACCACUCUGACAGUUGCUAACUUGUGCAGAAUUUUCCUUUCAACUCCAAAGGAAAAGUUAUAUUCUUAUUUAUCUUGUGAUCAAAUAAUGAUCGGAGAUUCGGUAGUCAUCAGGAAGGUCGGCUGGGGAAGUUUAAAUCUUUAUGAAGUAAAAGUUUAUGAAUGUAGCCAGGGAACAUACGGAGAAUUCUGUGACAGAAGAUGUUCCAACUGCUUAGACAAUCGAUGUGACGGACUUACAGGAGUUUGUAUAUCGGGUUGUAAAUCUGGUUGGUAUGGACAAAAUUGUGACGGAGCAUGUCCUUCUAACUGUAAAAGUCCUUCCUGUAAUAGAUAUUUAGGAUGUACAGAGUGCCCUGAUGGCUUUAAUGGACCCGGAUGUGAAAAAUGUUUGGCGGGUACUUACGGCAAAAACUGUAGCAUAAAGUGCUUGAAUUGUCAUCCAUAUAACUGUAACAAUGUCAUUGGAUGUCAAGAAUGUUAUACUGGUUUUUAUGGCCCAAACUGUAACGACUCCUGUCCAGAGAACUGCAAAAAUGGAAACUGUUUGAAACUGUCUGGACUCUGUGAAGAUGGGUGUGAAGACGGAUUUAUGGGACGGGAUUGCAAAACACCCUGCAGUAGAAAUUGUGCCACUUGUACUUUAAAUGGUCAAUGUCCAUCGUGUGCUGAAGGAUUGUAUGGUGAACAGUGUGAAUUAACAUGUCCUGAGACAUGUGGCGGGAAAAGGACAUGCGAUAAAGAUACAGGCCGGUGUGAUGAAUGUAGUGCUGGAAAAUAUGGUGAAAAUUGCAGACAAACCUGCAGUAAAAAUUGCAUAUCAGAUACCUGUCAAAGGGACGGGAUAUGUACCGGUGGAUGUAAAGAAGGAUGGUUAGGUAUGAAUUGCAGCAUGGAAUGUUCUGAAAAAUAUUGUUUAGAAUGUAGUGUGUCUGGUUCAACAGUUUUGUGUAAGAAAUGUGACGAAGGUUACUAUCUAGACCAGGAUCAGAAGUGUCAGACUUGUUCACCUAAUUGUUUAGCAUGUGCGAGUGAAUCGAAAUGUACUCGGUGCAAAUCCACGUUUACUGGAGAUUUGUGCAGGGAAUGUAAUAAAAAUUGCAUCGAUCAUUUGUGUAACAUGGAUGGGAUUUGUACAUACGGUUGUAAUAAUAGAAAGUAUGGGGUAGGAUGUUCUAGAGAAUGCAGAGAAAACUGUGAUCAUUGUUAUAGUGACAGUAAUUGUACCCAGUGUUCACCUGGGUAUUAUGGACGAUAUUGUAAUCCUUGCUUUUAUACAAAUUGUUAUAUCUGUUCCUCAUAUUACAAAUGUCUCUCCUGCAAACCUGGAUUCUAUGAAAGAACUUGUCGGUCUCUUUGUCCUCCAGGAUGUUUGACCUGUAAUGCCUCAGAUUACUGUACCUCCUGUAACGAGGGCUGGUCAGGCAGGACAUGUCAAUGUAAUGUAAACUGUAAGGACGAAUGUGGAGACAAUGGAAAGUGUAUUAAUGGAUGUAAGAGUUCGUUUUAUGGUGACCAUUGUAAUGCUUCCUGUCCUGUGAAAAAUUGUCAAGUAUGUGAUCAAAAGUUUGGAAAUUGUACAAAGUGUGAGGAAGGAUUUUAUGGAAUCCAAUGCGAUAUGGAAUGUAGUAUAACAUGUGUUGGGUCACUUUGUGAUAUUGGUGGUGAAUGUCUUCAAGGCUGUCAAGAAGGUUUUUCUGGAGAAAAUUGUGAAAUGAGUCAACAAAAAGAAGAUGCUGCUGAUACUUCGAUGUACGUAUUUGUGUUGGUUGGAGGAGUACUUCUGGUGGCACUUGUUUUAACUGUUGUGAUUGUCUUAAGAAGAAACUUGCGAGAAAAACAAAAAAGUUUAUCGCCUUCUGUGGAAAAUCAUAUAAGACUGACUGAGCGUUUAAACGAGGAGGAUCGGAUUUAUGCUAAUGAAAAUCAACAAAACAACAGUCCAGAAGUUCAGACACGGUCAUUGUAUUCGGAGAUCUCACCAUACAACCUCCGUGGAUCGCAAGCAUUCUUAAUCGAACUCGAUCCUAAUGACGUAGAUGAAGUCGAGAUACCAACACCUGCUGAGUCGGACUAUUAUAACGUGAAGAUAACUCUUGUCCCUGUAGAUCAACUUUGGGAAAAUGUUCAGGAAAAGAAAUCCAGAGGAGAACUUAACAAGGAAUUUGAGAGCAUACCAAAUGGUCUCUUAGAGUCAUGCAAGGAGGCUUUGAAACCACAGAACAAAUCUCGAAACAGAUACAAGAAAAUGUAUCCUUACGACUCAACCCGAGUUAUUCUACAAGUAGAAAAGGGAACAGAAAACACAGAUUUUAUCAACGCUUGUUUUGUGAACGGAUUUGAAAAAGAGAAGGAAUAUAUAGCUGCUCAGGGUCCAUUUACCCCUGAAACUGUCUAUGAUUUUUGGAGAAUGAUAUGGCAGCAGAAUUGUGGGAAAAUUGUUAUGCUUACGAAUCUCGUGGAAAACGAAAUAAUUAAAUGUCAGAAGUAUUGGCCAGACAAAGAAGAGUCAUAUGGUCAUUUUCGAGUCAAAUUAUUAAAGGAAGACAUCACAGCUGACUACACUGUUCGAGAUUUUAUUCUUUCAACGAACGGGAGCACAAAGGCCUUGACGCAGUUCCAUUUUACCGCAUGGCCAGAUAAAGGUGUCCCCCAAAAUGUGACAUCGAUAGUGGAUUUUAGGAACAAAGUUGUCAGCCAUGAAGCCAAACUAGAUGGACCAGUGCUAGUUCACUGCAGGUACUUUAGUUUAGACCAAAAGUGCAAUUUAAAAAUUUAUAGUUUAUUUAGUUAGUUUACACUUCAUAGUGAGC